UCAAAAUUAAGAGAGUCGCUAAUAGUAUUGUAUACAUACAAUACAUCUCUCAAAAAAUGAAGGAAGAAACGGUGAUAAUAGUCGGAGCCGGGCCCUCAGGCCUAGCAAUGGCUGCUUGUCUAAGCCGUUUAUCGAUUCCACACAUAGUUUUAGAGAGAGAAGACUGUUUUGCUUCUCUGUGGAAAAAGUAUUCCUACGACCGUGUCCACUUUCACCUCAGAAAGCAGUUCUGUGAGCUUCCUCACAUGCCUUUUCCUUCCGAUUUCCCCCCAUACUUGCCCAAAAAGUUAUUCACCCAAUACUUGGACGACUACGUCUCUUGCUUCAACAUAGCUCCGAUGUACCGGAGAGACGUUGAGUCCGCGAGAUACGACGACGGUUUGGAGAAAUGGGUUGUGAAAGCAAGGGUGGUUUAUGGUACUACUGAUAGUAAUAUUGAUGGUGAUCAUCAUGAGAUUGAGGAGUAUUCUGGAAGGUUCUUGGUGGUGGCCAGUGGGGAAACCGCCAACCCUUUUGUGCCGGAGAUCAAAGGCUUGAGUGGUUUUUGUGGUGAUUUUCUUCAUUCCACCAAGUUUAAAUGUGGGGUGGAGUUUAAGGGGAAGAGAGUUUUGGUUGUUGGGUGUGGGAAUUCCGGCAUGGAAAUUUCUUUGGAUUUGGCUAACCACGGCGCUAAAACUUCCAUCAUUGUUCGAAGCCCG